UCAAAUAUAGAAAUAGCUUAGGCUACACGAUGUGGCAGUCAGGAAGCUAGCACCUGAGCUAGCUCGCCACUAUGUCAAAUGUGGGGUUGGUCAAAGGUAUUUUCAUUAAAACAUUUUCAUCAGAGGCAACUACAGACAACAUCGUAGUUUGCAGUGGUGAUAAGUCGUGAUAGUCAGAGGAGGAUAGCAUGAUAGUGCAUUAGCUGUAGCCUACCUAUUAUUCCCUAUGUAACGUUAGCCUUAUUAAGCUAACUAUAAGCCAGGCAUUACAUUGAGGCUACCUCCACACCAAACCAACGGGUAUGUUUUUCUUACGGUUUUCACACAUUUAACGACAGGUCGUUCACACCUUAAACGACAGACCUUUCACUUAUAUUUGCCUAUUGUGUAUGUGUAGGGAAGUGUGCAUGUGAGGCUAUUUGGUAGGGAGUGUUUGUUGCUCACGUUGGAAAAAAGCUUGAAAUGUAUCUUGACCUACCCAUACGUUUUUGUUGUUUCCCAAACGGACAGGUUAUGUAUUUAUACAAUUUACAAACAUUUCACUCGAUUUCAACCAACUGUUAUCACAACCUGCAAUCCACAACUUGAUUCAAAUGUGCCUGAGCAGGUAUUUUAACAGACGAGUUGAAUAGCCUACAUGAGAAUUAGCUGGCUAGUUUGAUGUCAAUUUGGUAAGUAAUCCUGCAAUGGAUAAUUUCCUAACCAAAUGUAUGUGUAUAGCCUAUAGUCCAUCAUGUGUUGAGUCUGAAUGAAGACAAUGCAGUUGUGCUAUUAAACGAAACUGACAACAGUUCAGAUUUGAGGCACUCUAGGUAGAUAUAGGCCAGGGGUGGCGAACAUGCGUCUCGCGAGCCGCAUGCGGCUCUUUGCCUCCUCGCGGCUGCUCAACGGAUGUUCUCACUUCUCCUUGGAUUAUAGCCUAUUAUUUCUGGAGAACAUGCGUCGCAGCAAGCGACGUCAUAGAGACCCGGUUGCAGAAGGAAUACAUUACAUCUCCUUGUCAGCAGACAGGCCAGAACUAACUGCCAAAUAUAUAAACUCUGUCAAAGGUCGAGGAGUGUUCAGCCAAACUUACUUUGAAAAAGGAGAUUUUUUAGUUGAAUACAGAGGAGAGAUCAUUUCAUUUGAUGAAUGUCAAAGACGCAAAAGGAUCUACCAUGCUGCACUUCAAGUGUAUCUUUUUGAAUUUAAGGUCAAUGGGAAAAAGUACUGUAUUGAUGCUGCAAGAGAUGACAACUCCUUUGGCCGAUUAGUCAAUGAUGAUCACCUUAAUCCAAACAGCAGGAUGACGCGAAUUACCGUCAAAGGUGAACCUCACCUGUGCUUAUUUGCCAUACGGCAAAUACAACCAGGAGAAGAAAUAACUUACAACUACGGUGAUAUGGACUGGCCAUGGAGAGAAAAGAGUGAUGAUCUUGCACUGCAGUCCCCAGACAAAGUAGAUGACUCCGGCAGUGUGGAAGCAGCACAUGCUGCCACGGUUGACUACUGCAAAGUAGAUCUACAGGAGGAUGAUGUUGAUGUUGAGAGCGCAUAUCAAGGAGAGGACCCCAACACAAUCAUUGUAGAACAUCCUGCUGUGGUUGAAUUCUCUCAAACCGAUCUGAAGGAUGAUGUUGUUGAUGUUGAGAGCGCAUAUCAAGGAGAGGACCCCAACACAAUCAUUGUAGCACAUCCUGAUGUGGUUGAAUUCCCUCAAACAGAUCUGAAGGAUGAUGUUGUUGAUGUUGAGAGCGCAUAUCAAGGAGAGGACCCCAACACAAUCAUUGUAGCACAUCCUGAUGUGGUUGAAUUCCCUCAAACAGAUCUGAAGGAUGAUGUUGUUGAUGUUGAGAGCGCAUAUCAAGGAGAGGACCCCAACACAAUCAUUGUAGCACAUCCUGAUGUGGUUGAAUUCCCUCAAACAGAUCUGAAGGAUGAUGUUGUUGAUGUUGAGAGCGCAUAUCAAGGAGAGGACCCCAACACAAUCAUUGUAGCACAUCCUGAUGUGGUUGAAUUCCCUCAAACAGAUCUGAAGGAUGAUGUUGUUGAUGUUGAGAGCGCAUAUCAAGGAGAGGACCCCAACACAAUCAUUUUAGCACAUCCUGAUGUGGUUGAAUUCCCUCAAACAGAUCUGAAGGAUGAUGUUGUUGAUGUUGAGAGCGCAUAUCAAGGAGAGGACCCCAACACAAUCAUUGUAGCACAUCCUGAUGUGGUUGAAUUCCCUCAAACAGAUCUGAAGGAUGAUGUUGUUGAUGUUGAGAGCGCAUAUCAAGGAGAGGACCCCAACACAAUCAUUGUAGAACAUCCUGAUGUGGUUGAAUUCCCUCAAACAGAUCUGAAGGUUCAACAAAUUCAAAUCCAACUUAAGUUGGUUGAGUACUCAAGCUCUGAAGAAGAAACCAGUGACACGGAUCAUGUCAGUUGCUCUCGCCAGAUUAUUGAAGAUGAAAUCUGUCACAAGAGUGAUGCUUUUGAGUUCUGUAAUGCAAGUGAUGACUCCAGCACAGUCAAUGCAGCACAUCCUGCUGUACUUGAGUUCACCCAGACAGAUCUGCAGAAUACAGAAAGAUCAUAUGAUGAAGAUUAUGUCCCUAAACUGAGAAGAACAAAAAGCAUUGUGAUGACAACUGACAUCCCACCCAUAACAAAUGAUCUAUUUGAUACUGAUGACUCCUGCCCUGACAGUGAAGAAGAAUAUGUUCCUAAAAGUAGUGAUGAAAGUUCAGAAAGUAGCUGUGAAAUAUCAAUCUGUCAAAGUCACACAAACAAAAAGAGAAUAUCAGGAAAAGAGAGUAUGACACAUGAUGGAGAAGAGGGGAGUGAGACACAUGGAAUAAACAGAGAGGAGAGUAUGGCACACUCUGAUAUAAACAAACAGAAGAAUACACCCCAAAAUUCAGAGAGAGAGGACAAUAUACAAGUAUUUGUCUCAGCUGUCGUCAAAAAAUGUGACAAAAAAAGACUGUAUGAUAAAAGGCAGCACUGCUUGUUCUGUAAAAAACCGUUUACAAAAAUAUCCAAGCAUUUAGAACGGAAGCAUCAAAAUGAAAUCGAGGUGGCAAGGGCUGUGAGCUAUCCAAAAAAUUCAAAAGACAGACGCAUGCAGCUUGAGUACCUGCGGAAAAAAGGUAAUUGGGUGCACAACACGGAAGUUAUGCGAACAGGGAAAGGAAGUCUUGUUGCUUGUAAAAGACCAAAUGAAGAAGCUAACGGCAAUGAAUUUGUCCACUGUUCCUUCUGCUUCGGCCUUUUCACCAGAAAAGUAUUAUGGCGACAUGUGAAGACAUGUGGUUUCAAACCACCCGAUGUCAAGCCCAGACCAGGGAAGAACAGAGUUCUUUCUUUAUGUGCUUUGACACCUGCUCCUGCUGGUAUAACUACUGGCCUGUGGAAAGUAAUGAGCCACAUGAAUCAAGACAGAGUUUCACUUGCAGUUAAAGGUGAUGAGUUGAUAAUGGAAAAUGGACAGCACCUGUACAACAGAUUAGGCAGUGAUAGGGCAAAGCAUGAACACAUUCGACAAAAAAUGAGAGAAUUGGGUAGACUUAUACUCAGUGCAAGAGAGGUCACAUCUCUAAGGAGCAUUUCGGAAAUGAUGACACCAACCACCUUUAUGCAGACUGUCUUAGCUGUAAAACAUGUUAGUGGCUAUAAUCAGGAAAGUAAUACAUACAAAAUCCCAACUCUUCCGCUAAAAUUGGGACAAAGUUUGGCUAAAAUUUCAGAACUUUUGGAAAGUAAAGCCUUGGUUAAUGGUGAUGCAGAGACUGCUACCGAAGCCAGAAAUUUCCGUCAGGUAUAUUAUGCCAAAUGGAAUGAACUGGUUUCAGCAUCAGCCUACAGAACACUGGAGGAAGGCAAAUGGAAUGCACCACUAUUGCUUCCUCUCACAGAGGAUGUUAAAAAACUGCAUUCGUAUCUGGAUGAGAAGGAGAAAGAGUACCGUGAUGGCUUAUCAUUAGAAUCGUCUACAACUAACUGGUCAAAGCUUGCUCAGGUCACACUUGCAAAAGUAAUACUUUUUAAUCGUCGACGAGAAGGAGAGGUUUCCAAGAUGCUGCUCUCCAGUUUUUCUCAGAGAGACAGGUCAAAACCAAAUGAUGAUCUUAAUGCAGCACUUUCAGAACUGGAACAAAAACUAUGUAAACACUUCCAAAGACUGGAAAUACGAGGGAAGCGAGGCCGGAAAGUGCCCGUUUUGUUGACUCCAGACAUGGUACAGUCACUGGAACUUCUGGUGGAAAAGAGAGACGAAUGUGGGGUGGAGAAAGACAAUCCAUACCUCUUCUCACGUCCAUGUGCUAUGACAUACUUUCGGGGCUCAGAGUACAUCAAUCAUUUUGCCCACACCUGUGGAGCUAAACAUCCAGAGAAUCUCUCCUCUACUAAAUUGCGCAAGCAUAUUGGCACACUUUCUAAGGUUUUGAACCUGUCAAACACAGAACUAGACCAAUUGGCAGAUUUUUUAGGACACGACAUACGUAUUCAUAGGCAGUUUUACAGGCUUCCAGAGGGGACCUUGCAGCUCGCAAAGAUUAGCAAGGUCCUUAUGGCCCUUGAGACAGGACGUCUCUGUGAGUUCAAAGGGAAAAGCUUGGAAGACAUUAACAUUGAUCCAGAUGAAAGAGUUGAGGAUGAUGGACAGAGUGAGCUACAUGAUAACUCUGGAGAGCAAGUUCAGGAUGGUGGACACAGUGCAUUGGAUGAUGAGUCUGAAGAGCAAGUUGAGGAUGGUGGACACAGUGUAUUAGAUGAUGAGUCUGAAGGUGAUGGUCCUCCUCUCAAGAAACAGACACUGGCAGCAUCACCUCUGUACACAUGCAACAAGUCAAAGAAAGGAAGUAAAGGUAAAACAGAGACAGACCUCAAGACAAAAAGGGGGACCAGAUCGUGUAAAGUACGCAGACCGUUCAUGAGAAAAAUGUGGCAGGCUGAAGAAAUUCACGCAGUUGAAAAACAUAUGAUGAACUUCAUAAAGACAUGCCGUGUGCCUGGGAAAUCUGAUUGCGAUACCUGCCUGAAAUCUGAGCCUCUUCAUUUAAAAGCUAGAGAUUGGAAAGCUAUUAAGUUUUAUGUAAAAAAUCGCAUCGAUGCUCUCAAGAAAAUGAAAUGAGA